GUGUGUGUGUCUUUGUGAGUGUGAUAUGUAAAUAUAGGUUGUGUAUGUGUGUGUGUUGGUUUGGUCUCGCGUCAAGAUGGCGGUGGCUCCUGACAGCAGAGUGCUCUCCUACAGUGUUUAUAAAUGGAGCUCGUACUCCUCUACAUAUUUACCCGAGAAUAUUUUAGUGGACAAACCUAAUGAUCAGUCUUCCAGAUGGUCAUCAGAGAGCAACUACCCUCCACAGUACUUAAUAUUAAAACUGGAGAGACCAGCUAUCGCCCUGAGCAUCACCUACGGCAAGUACGAGAAAACCCACGUCUGCAACUUAAAGAAGUUCAAGGUGUUUGGAGGCAUGAGCGAGGAAAACAUGACAGAACUGUUGUCCAGUGGCCUUAAGAAUGACUUUAACAAGGAGACAUUCACACUAAAGCACAAGAUCGAUGAGCAGAUGUUUCCCUGCAGGUUCAUUAAAAUAGUGCCUCUGAUGUCAUGGGGGCCCAGCUUUAACUUCAGCAUUUGGUACAUUGAGUUACAUGGAAUUGAAGAUCCAGAUGUUGUCCAACCCUGCCUUAACUGGUACAGCAAGUACCGUGAACAGGAGGCCAUCCGUCUGUGCCUGAAACACUUCCGGCAACACAACUACACAGAAGCCUUCGAGUCCCUGCAGAAGAAAACGCGCAUCGCCCUGGAGCACCCCAUGCUCACGCAUCUUCACGAGCGCCUGGUCCUCAGAGGAGACUUCGAUGCCUGCGAGGAGCUCAUAGACAAAGCCGUGAAAGAUGGCUUGUUUAAUCAGUACAUCAGUCAGCAGGAUUAUAAGCCACGCUGGAGUCAAAUCAUCCCCAAAUGUAACAAAGGUGAUGGUGAUGAUAACAGGCCCGGCAUGAGAGGAGGUCAUCAAAUGGUCAUCGAUGUUCAGACAGAAACCGUGUAUCUGUUCGGAGGAUGGGAUGGCACGCAGGAUUUGGCAGACUUUUGGGCCUACAGCGUGAAGGAGAACCAAUGGGCUUGCAUCUCAAGGGACACAGAGAAAGAGAACGGACCCAGCGCACGAUCCUGCCACAAGAUGUGCAUCGACUCGCAGCGGAGGCAGAUCUACACGCUCGGACGUUAUCUGGACUCCGCCGUAAGAAACAGCAAGUCCCUGAAGAGCGACUUUUACUGCUACGACAUCGAUGGCAACACGUGGACCCUGCUCAGCGAGGACACGUCUGCAGACGGAGGGCCCAAACUUGUGUUCGACCACCAGAUGUGCAUGGACUCGGAUAAGCACAUGAUCUAUACCUUCGGCGGACGCAUUUUGACCUGCAACGGCAGCGUGGAUGACAGCAGGACGACAGAUCCUCAGUUCAGCGGACUCUACGCGUAUCACUGUCAGACUAGCAGCUGGAGCCUGCUCAGAGAAGACUCGUGUAACGCCGGACCAGAAGACAUCCAAUCGCGAAUCGGACACUGCAUGCUCUUCCACACGAGAAAUCGCUGCCUGUAUGUUUUCGGAGGUCAGAGGUCCAAAACGUACUUGAACGAUUUCUUCAGUUACGAUGUCGAUGGUGACCAUGUGGAAAUCAUCUCGGAUGGCACGAAGAAGGACUCGGGCAUGGUGCCAAUGACCGGGUUCACGCAGCGUGCCACCAUUGACCCGGAGCUCAACGAGAUUCAUGUCCUAUCGGGACUCAGCAAAGACAAAGACAAGCGCGAGGAGAACGUACGCAACUCCUUCUGGAUCUACGACAUCGCACGCAACAACUGGUCUUGUGUGUAUAAGAAUGACCAGGCUGUGAAAGAGAACUCCACCAAGGCAUUGCAGGAAGAGGAACCUUGUCCUCGUUUCGCUCACCAGCUAGUCUACGAUGAGCUGCACAAGGUGCAUUACCUUUUUGGUGGAAACCCUGGGAAGUCCAGCUCUCCUAAGAUGCGAUUAGACGAUUUCUGGUCCCUAAAGCUGUGCCGUCCUUCCAAAGAAUACCUGCUCCGACACUGCAGAUACCUUAUUCGCAAAUACAGGUUUGAGGAAAAAGCUCAAACCGAGCCCUUAAAUGCACUCAAAUAUCUACAGAACGAUUUAUCUCUUACUGUGGACCACUCGGACCCUGAUGAGACUAAAGAGUUCCAGCUCUUGCCCUCCGCUCUCUUCAAAUCCAGCUCAGACUUCAUUCCUCUCGGAUUCUCUGACGUGGAUCAGACGUACGCCCAGCGCACUCAGCUCUUCGAUACGCUCGUCAAUUUCUUCCCCGACAAUAUGACCCCGCCCAAGGGUAACCUUGUUGACCUCAUCACCCUCUAGCCACACCCACAAUGUAGACCACGCCCUCUUUAUAUAGUGCUCAGACUCCUCCCACCAAAAAAACCCAAGUUAUUUUUCUAUAUUUACCACCCGAGGUGUGCCAUGCACACCUACUUGUGUUCCUCUUAUAUUACAAAUCACUGAUACUUAUUUCAAAUGCAGAAAUAUAAUUUUCUACUCUGGAGCGCCAGGGUUGUGAAUUUUUUUGUUUUUUUUAAGAUGUUUCCGAGUUGAAAUCUACAUAUCUGCCAAAAUGCAAACUGACUUUGCUUCUUUUAUUUUAUUUUUAACAACAACAAAAAAAACAACAACAAAAAAACCAAUUGCUCAGUUUAUUUUUUUAUUUGAGUUUUUCUCGCUGACAGGGUAAAAUACAGGUGAGUUAUACAUUUGAACAGUUUACAUUGUUAAAGGGGCAGAUUUUAUUUGAUUUAUGGCCGACAGGAGCUCAUUACUGCAUCACUAUUAUACUAAAUCACAUUUUUAUUGACAUACAUGCGCAACCAGUGAAGGGAAAGAUCAGAUGAGAGGCCGUUUACGGGAUCUUUAUUAUACAUUUACAUUUAUAAUGUAUAUCAAAUAGGAUCCAUUGUGAUGCAGUUUUGAUAUUGGAUUUAAUAUCCAGGCUUCAAAGUAAGCCUGCUGCUGCUAUUGGAUGCUGUCAUGCGACAUCAGAUUCCAAAACUACGAGUUAUCAACAAACCUUUAUAAUUAAUAUUUAAACAUGUUUAUAAUAAAUGUGUCGUGGACACAUUUAGAUGCACAAGAAAUAUUUUUGUGUGUGCGGCUGCGUGCGUGCGCGCAUUCGGCUGCGUGCAUGCGUUCGGCUGCGUGCGUUCGGCUGCGUGCGUGCGGGUGCGUGCGCGUUCGGCUGCGUGCGUUCGGCUGCGUGCGUUCGGCUGCGUGCGUUCGGCUGCGUGCGUUCGGCUGCGUGUGCGCAUUCGGCUGCCUGCGUGCGUGCGGCUGUCUGUGUGCGUUCGGCUGCGUGCGCGUUCGGCUGCGUGUGUGCGCGUUCGGCCGCGUGCGUGCGUUCGGCCGCGUACGUGCGUUCGGCUGCCUGCGUGCGUUCGGCUGCCUGCGUGCGUGCGGCUGUCUGUGUGCGUGCGUUCGGCUGCGUGUGUUGGGCUGCGUGCGUGUGUUGGGCUGCGUGCGUGCGUGUGUUGGGCUGCGUGCGUGCGUGCGUGCGUGUGUUGGGCUGCGUGCGUGCGUGUGUUGGGCUGCGUGCGUGCGUGUGUUGGGCUGCGUGCGUGCGUGUGUUGGGCUGCGUGCGUGCGUGUGUUGGGCUGCGUGCGUGCGUUUGGAUGCGUGCGUGCGUGCGUUUGGAUGCGUGCGUGCGUGUGUUUGGAUGCGUGCGUGCGUGUGUUCGGAUGCGUGUGUUCGGCUGCGUGCGUGCGUUUUUUUUCACCUAGUAACAUCAUCACAAUCAUAUCCAUUAGCGAAUGGAUUACUGCAAUGACAAAAACUGAAAAAGUGGAAGAAAUGAAUUCCAUUGAGUUCAAUAGAAGUGUAGAUUGCUGAUUGUAUUGACUAAAAGUGUCUACAUGUGGCUGCUUUUAUCUGAUAUUUAAUAUCCAUUACAUUGCAUAGACUGUUGAGCUUUCGGUGUGAAACUUACUGGUACCAACUCCACCUUAUUGGGACCACCGAAGAACCCCCUCACUAUUUAUUGCUAUUGUUAUAUUGAUUAAUAUUAUUAAUUUUUGCUAAACUUGAGCACAUAUGAUACUGAAUGUCUUGUUUCAUCUCCCUGUGUGUUGUUAUGGAUAGGUUUGGUCUUUGGUGUGUUUAGGCGUGUGCGCACUUUGACAGCCGUUUGUCUCCCUAUGCACGUGAAUAUGAAGUAAUCGGAUCGCUCUUAAAUUUUCGGUAGUUCCAGCCUCACUAAAGAGACCAAUGAGGUAGUACGCUGUGCUCAUUGUGUCAUCACAACCUCCCUAAAUAUCAUCUUCAGUCCCUUGAACACUCAGUAUUAGCUUUCCGCUCCUGUGCAGUGAGGCGUGUUGAUGUGGGUGUACGUUUAACCCAGAAGAGUGUGAAAGUUUGACGACCGUUUGUGAUUUAUAGACUUCAUUAAUUGUAUUUUCUUUCCUGGAAUGGAAACGUUUUGCGUUUGUGAUUUAUUGGAUUACGGGGCUUUCUUUGCCUUUAGUAGUUAGCAUUGUUUUUGUACCAGGAAGAAAGUAAAAAAACAAAAUCAUGAAAUAAAAAAUAAAACACGAGAGGAUCGAUAUUUACAAGAGACUUUUGUUGCACUCAAUGCCAAAUACGUUUUCUUGUUUUUGGUGUACAUUUCUGCAGUGUCAGAGAUGAAGUAAUGAGUUUUCUUUUCCUCUGUCCUGAAAAUUUUCAUCUUGACGGCGUCCCCGUCUGCUCUCGAUCGAGGACGCGGCGAGAUGACCGCACUACACUGUGGCUCUCAUGAAUGUGUAGAAACUAUUAAUGAAACUGCAUUGUAUGUAAUGUACAUAAAGAAUAAAGAUUGUAUUUUGUUCAAGUUUUCUUACAAAAA